AUGGCCAUCCAUGGCCGAAUACUCACAGCAGACAAGAACGUUAUGGCCCACAACAUUCGCAUUAUAAUCAAGUACAACAAUACCGCUGCAAACAAUAUCCAGAACCAACAUUCCAGCAACACUUUCAGCACCGAUGCAUUUACAGGCACAACAACACCACAUAGUGGAGACUCACCAACAGCAAGUGCAUAUACAGCACCAGCAUUUGCAACAACGCCAACAGCCAGUGGCACAACAUUUUCAGCCACAGCUGUCGGAACACACAAACCACCACUAUGUACAAAUCUAACAACAGCCAGUUUCACAUCAUAUCCAGCACCAGCAGUCUCAACAACACCAACAGCCAGUGGCACUACAUUUUCAGCCACAGCUGUCGCAACAUACAAACCACCACUUUAUAGAAAUUCAACAACACCACAACGAAAGCGUUAUCCGCUACAACCCUCGUCUUUUAAUCAUUUACCUACCGAAUUGGAGAAUCUCAAUUUGAGGCAGAGUAAAGACAGUGAUCGCGUAACGGGUGUGGAAUCAAGCUAUGAAAAUGAGGAAAAUGAUGAACUGAUUCAUUUACAGGCACAACAACACCACAUAGUGCAGACUCACCAACAGCAAGUGCAUAUCCAGCACCAGCAGUCGCAACAACACCAACAGCCAGUGGCACAACAUUUUCAGCCACAGCUGUCGCAACAUACAAACCACCACUUUAUAGAAAUUCAACAACAGCCAGUUUUACAUCAUAUUCAGCCAGAGCAAUCGCAACAACAGGAAGAACAAAAUCACCAAUCCGUAUAUGUUCAACAACAGCCAUUGCCACAACGAAAGCGUUAUCCCCUACAACCCUCGUCUUUCACUAAUUUAUCUACCGAAUUGGAGAAUCUCAAUUUGAGGCAGAAUAAAGAUGUUAUCGCGUAA